AUGGCAAAACUCACUGACGAUUCCGACUACAAUGCCGACGAAACGUCUGGCAAUGUACACCGUCCACGGUCCUACUCUGCAAAUGAUGAUGCAUACAAUGGAAUCCAGACAAGACUGCUAGUAGAUCAUAUAAGUAAUAUGUAUUUGCCCUAUUCGGUGUGGACUUCGCUUUCGACCUCGCCUGACCUCGCCUACUCAGCAGCACUAGGGCGGGAUUCGAACCCAGUUUGUGGUGGUGCAACGGGUAAUCCCGACACGGACGACUACGUCACACUGCCACAAGUGCGCCUGGUUAACAGGGCAGUCUAUCGUUUUCUAAACCUUCGCAUGACGACUGGGUCGACACUCGACUGUCGAGCGCUGCGCCUGGAGACGGACGACCGGACC